AUGACGAACACACCUUCGGAUCACCUUUCACACUCGAUACAAUUCCUCCUGGACGAAACUCCUUCCAUCGCUUCUGCUAUCGCACAACGUUAUCCCGAUGGUGAUAUGGAUACUUUCGAUGAGUUGGCAGUCCUGAAAACGCUCCUCUGCAUCCGCUCGCCUUCACCACCCAUUCCCGACGAUAUUCUCACAAGUAUCGACAGAGCCCUGCAAUAUGAGAGAGACCAAAAGCUGCUCACACACUCUUCAUCGAUCCCGCCCCUAACUACCUAUCGAUCUUCACCUAUAUCAAACGCUUCAAAAGUUAAGAUCUCCGUUUGGAAAGGCGACAUCACCACUCUCUCUGGUGUCACAGCGAUCGUCAAUGCAGCACAUUCUCGCAUGUUGGGAUGCUUCCAGCCCCAACACAAAUGUAUUGACAACGCAAUUCACGCAGCAGCUGGUCCACGUCUACGAGACGAAUGCGAGGUUCUUAUGACAGCGCAAAGAAGCGAAGAGCCAGUCGGACGAGCAAAAGUCACGAAAGGGUACUGCCUCCCAGCGGAGCAUGUAAUCCAUACUGUUGGUCCACAGCUGGAACAAGGCUCGAAGCCGAGCGCAGUUGAUAUCAAUGACUUGAAGAGCUCUUAUGAGAAUUGCUUGAAUGCAGUUGAGGGGUUGAAGUCCAUGGAGAACGGAAGAAAGGUCCUGGUUUUCUGCUGCAUCUCGACUGGAAUUUUUGCUUUUCCGCAAGCACUGGCUGCGAAUAUUGCCGUCAACAGUGUGAAAAAAUGGAUCGACGAACACCCAGAAACAACGAUAACAGAUAUAAUUUUCGAUGUCUUCUUGGAUGCCGAUCUCGAGAUCUAUUCCAGUCUUCUAUCUGCAUCCGACGUGGCAUCAAUUCCCACAGCUCCAGCUCCCAUCCCAGAAAACUCCUCGACCCAAACUGCUGCCAACUGGCUCGCACAAGCUGAUACUCUUAUCAUAUCCGCCGGCGCAGGACUUUCCGCUUCUACAGGUCUUGAUUACACAUCCACAUCCGUCCUCUCCACCCAUCUGCACGGCUACAAAAAGUACGGAUUCCGUCGCCUGUACGACCUCUUCGGUCCCAUCAACUGGCCAAGCCAGCAAGUGAAGUGGGGAUAUUUCUUCCACCACUUGCUCAUGAUCCGGAAAUGGCCAAAAUCAGACGUCUAUGGCGACCUCCUGAAGAUAACACGGCGAUUCGAAAAUGGAAAAGUACAUGUCAGGACGAGCAACGCAGAUGGCUUCUUCGUCAAGAAUGACUUCCCUGAGGAUAUUAUGAGUACCCCACAAGGACGAUACCAAUAUCUGCAAUGCGAAAAACCGUGCAGACAGGAUGCCUACUUCCCUUCUGCUCCGCUGCUCGACGCUGCGAUUCCUUUCAUGGACCCAGUCACGCAAGAAUUGACUGAUGCCAGCAAAGUUCCGAAAUGCACUUUCUGUGGUCGUGGAUUGAUGCUCUGUGUUCGGUCGGGUAGCGCUUUUACAGAAGUCCCGUACCAAGAGGGUGAAAAGAGGUGGAAGGAGUUUAGGAGGAAUGUCCUCAGUAAGACGCAGGGAUCGACGGUGAUCUUAGAAUUGGGAGUAGGCAUGUCUACAGUUGGCGUAUUGAGGUGGCCGAAUGAGGAUCUGGUUCGGAGGAGCAAAGGACGGGUGAAGUUGAUUAGAGUCGGUCUCGAGAACGCCGGCGUCGUAGACUGGGACAUGGCCAACGCCGUAGGAGUCAAAGGAGACGUCGGUGCCUUUUUGAAAGCUAUCAAAGCUUCAGCCCCAAAUCCAAUUCAAUAG